AUGGUAUCCUUUUCCGGCGAACCACCCAAAAUUGCCACAAGCUCAAUUACGCUUACUGAAGAUGAAGAACGUCUUCGGAGCUUACUUGUGCGCACCGCGGAUUAUCUAACCAAACGCAAUCCUGAAUCAGAGCCUGUCAUCAUCCGAUUCGCCGGAGGCUGGGUCCGUGACAAGCUUUUAGGCCACGGUAGCAACGACAUUGACGUCGCUGUCAAUUCUCUAUCCGGCUUCGAUUUCGCCAGUAAUGUCCAGCGGAACCUCAAUAGCAGGCCCAACAGCCCAAACAGCAGGCCUCCCAGCCCAACGGGGCGGCCCAUUAAAUCUAUUCACAAAAUCAAGGCCAAUCCCGCACUAUCAAAACAUCUCGAAACUGCCACCACGACAAUCUAUGGUUUGGAAUUGGAUUUUGUAAAUCUGAGAAGUGAGGAGUAUACGAAUAACUCAAGGAUUCCGACCGUUAAGUUCGGAACGCCGGAGGAGGAUGCGUUGAGAAGAGAUUGCACUAUCAACACCCUCUUUUACAACCUACAUACGAAACAAGUCGAGGACUACACCCACCGUGGUCUCGAUGAUCUCAGAUCAAAGGUUAUUCGCACCCCGUUGGCGCCGUUUGAGACCUUCUGUGACGACCCACUCCGCGUGCUCCGUUGUAUCCGCUUCGCCUCGCGACUUGGCUUCGAAAUCCACAUGGACGCGAAGCAGGCCAUGAUGGAGCCCUUGAUUAAGGAGGCCCUGAAAGUCAAGAUCUCGAGGGAACGCAUCGGUGUCGAAGUUGACAAGAUGCUUAAGGGACCCGAUCCGUACGGCGCACUCGAACUCAUCCAUUCUGUCGGUCUAUACGACUCAGUCUUCUCUUCCCCCGUCGUUGAACGUCAUCAUCCCUCCGAAACGGUGUUGAGAGCAGCUCAGACAUUGUCGGUGCUCACGAACCACCUUCCAAGUGUCCUUGUUCCCUCGAAUACCCAGGAAAAGCGCAAGGCGUACUUGCUGUGCAGUCUCUACCCUUACGAAUCCCGCUUCAUCGCGGAGAAAAGUAAGAGCAAGCCAGUCCAAGCGGCGUCCAUCGUCAUCCGUGAUGCCCUCAAAUUUCCCAACUCAGACGCCGAUGACGUUGGGCAUGUCUUUGCUUGUCUCGAGAAAGUCGGGGUGGAGAUUGAGGCGCUGGAAAACGCAGGCAGGGAUCGUGUUAGGACUGGUUUAUUCGUGAAGGAGCUGGGGCCGCAAUGGCCGACGAUCCUGAGAACUUGGUUGAUUCAUCAGAUCAUCUCCACCACCCCUGUAGUAAGCCCCUCGAUGCACAGACUCCAGUCCAUCAUUACCAAAACCCCAGCGCUUGGGGAGGCUGUGCGCGCCUUAGUGUCGUCAACUCGCUCCCUCGUCGCAGCCAUCGAAGAGGAUAACCUGUCGUCUGUGCAUUCGCUCAAACCCAUCGUGAAUGGCAAGGAGAUCGCUAAUGCACUUGGGAUUAAGCCGGGACCGGGGAUGAGGGUGUUGACAGAUAACGUUUUCAAGUGGCAAUUGGCGAAUCCGGAGGGCAAGGGGGAGGAAUGUUUGGAGUGGUUGAAGGAAAAUCAGGAAGAGCAUAGCGUACCAGUACGCAGAUAA